AGCAGCCGCAACAGCCGGGGGCAACGCACCAUAGUAAUUAACGAGUGAAUGAUGGAGCCGGGUUUUGUUUUCUACCUCAUCUUCUUCCGCAACAAUGGCCAUCCGUAUCCAUUCAUUUACCCAUCCACCCAUCCACCCAUUUUCACCUCGAAUGUCUCGUGACUCAAAUUGGACAUGGAUACUUGUGCUUCUCUUCUCUCACUAUUUCCUUCCUUCCUUCCUUUUAUUCCCUCUCUCUGCCUUGUCCAUCCACCUCAUGGUCGGCGUAAAAUCGGUCCAGUCUGCCUUUAUUGUUGUCAGCGUUGAAGAGAUCAUCACCACCUGUCUGUCUGUCUGUCUGUCUACCUGUCUACCUACCAUCUACCCAUAUACAAAUUCAUUGAAAAGCUACUUACCUAUUUGUGAGCCAAUGUUCCACUGAAGUCCCGGUGAUCUCCUUACCGUACACUACUGCCCCCUACACUACUGUUCAGAUGUAGAGUGUCUCAUUACAUAAGUACUGUAAUCAAGCCCCCAUCCACUUGUUUGUUUGAAAGGCAUUCAUUCG